ACCGGCAGCUCUACACCGGCAGAUGAGACCCAAGACCCUUUUUCUUUUUGCAUACUUAGGGGGAUCAAAUGACCAGUGAGAACUGAAUUAGCAACAUGUCUCCCUCAACGGGAGUCGAUGUCAGGCGCUCAUCCUUGUGAUGCAAAGUGAGGCGCUGAAUGAGGUCGAGCUUUGAUUUGCUUAUUUGGGAUCGACUUGUACAAUUACAGGGUGAUGGAGUCUUUUGACCGGGAGCAGGGACGUGGCUUGGGUUUGUUGACUGUACUCUGUGUCUGGGUUAACUGAAGCUGAAUGGACAUAGGAGGCUGGUUAAGCACUGCUUAUUGAGUCGCUUGUAGGACCCCAUGAGACCUCAGAAACAACAAUGGCAGAAUUAAUGGGUAAAGUGCAAUGAGAAUGUCAACGCGACGGGGAGCGUGCUCAGAGCAGAGCCGGCUCUUAAGUCUGUCUGAGGUGCAGAAUGUACAGCUUCAUGGGAGGAGGGCUGUUUUGUGCAGGAGUGGGCAAUAUACUCCUGAUUGUUUCCACAGCAACAGAUUACUGGAUGCAGUACCGUCAUUCGAACAACUACAUGCAUCAGGGGCUGUGGAGAUACUGCAUGCCCGGAAAAUGCUUCACACACACUGACAGCAUUGCAUACUGGGAUGCUACACGAGCGUUCAUGAUCUUGUCUCUGUUGGCCUGCUUCUUUGGCAUCAUCAUCGGUAUUAUGGCCUUCAUCCACUACUCAUCCUUUGACAGGUUUAAUAAAACCUUUGCUGCAGGCAUUCUGUUCUUCAUUUCAUGCUUUUUUGUGUUUCUGGCCAUGGCUGUGUACACUGGAGUUACAAUAAAUUACUAUGGUAAACGCUAUGGUAACUGGAGGUUCUCCUGGUCUUACAUCAUUGGCUGGGUGUCUGUUGUGCUCACUUUCUUUUCAGGAAUUUUCUACAUGUGUGCAUACCGGAUGCAUGAAUGCCCCAGAAGCUCAAAUCCUCACUAGAAAACUGGGCUUUAUUAUCAUCAAUAUUGGAAGCCACUUCAGUAUCAAACAUCUCAUGAAAAUAAGAACCAAGUACAUAUUAAAUGAAGAAUCAUAGAUAGAAUAGCAAUGUGUGAACACUUACAAUCUUGCUGUCUAUAUUAUGAAAAACUGUACAAAACAACUGGUGGAGAAUCUGAUUAUAAGAUGAAAAAACAUUCAAAAUAAUGAUUAUUUCUCUUUGUUUUGCCUUCAUACAUUUUUUUCCCUGUCCUUCAUUCAUUCUUUCUAUCUUUCUAAAAAAAAUAAAGUGGUUCUACAAUAAAAAAAAAUAAUAAUAAAUGGAUGCUAUCAGACAUAUAGAAUGUGUGUAUUAAACUAUAUUUUUAAGAUAUGUAAUGGCAUGGAAUUACACAAUAAACUGGUCUGCUCUCAGUGUGAGGAGCGCGAGCUAAUGCCAAGCCUCUUACAGAAACGCACCACUUAGGUGUGACGCAGUGGCGUGCUGUCUCCCAAUUUCACUUGAUUAAAUGGCUAUUAAAAGCUG